GCUUUACUGAACUAGGAAUGCCUUCAAUCUCUUACAGUUUGGGUUUCCAGAGUCGUUGUGUUUGUUUACUCGUCCUUUUUUUGUGAAUGUCUCAUUUUAAAACCAAAUCAGGGAGGAAUUUAUCUGUGCUAUUUGUGGAAAUGUCUAUGAAGACGAAAAUGGAAAAAUUGGUGUUUUCUCAGUACCAAAGAAAAUGUUUUCUCAUUGGAAAUUGAUCAUACCUGAACUGAAAGAAAAAGCGAGACUGUGUGACAUUCAUUUUGAAGAAUCAGGUAUAGUGAAGGGUUUCCAAAACGGCCAGAAUUUUUAUCCCCUAGAAAGAUGGAGAUUACUUCAGUCAGCUAUUACAAAAUUUUUCUUGGGUAACAUUACAAAUUUAGUAAUCUCAAUUUACGAUGUUCCAACUCAAAGUUUUUAAUUCAGUUAAAACAACUGCAUCAUCCACAUCUGCUCGUAAACCUUUAAAAGAGCUGUUAAAUGUCACCAGCCGCAAUAACCGCCUGCCAACAAAAAGACAAAUUAAUUGUCAUUCAAGAGUACAAGGAAAUUACAGCAGAAGAAACCACAUAUCUAGCACUAAUUCAAAUUUGAAACCUGUUGUAACAUUUAUUUUCCUCCCUUUCACAGGCUGCAGGAAAGAAACAAACAAUGAACCCAUUGCUGGAGAGAAUAUGGUUCAGGAAAUAAUGUUUUCACAACAAUGGUAAUCAAAAUAACUGAAUUUCAUUUAUAUUCCAAUGCUUAACUUUGUAUUCUUUAAUUUAGUGAAAAGCAACUUUGUUAUUGUUUCCAUCAAUGAAGGUGCAAGAAAGGAUGGCCUGUGUUCCGGUCCUUCACCAGUUGAGGAUGGCUAUUGUGAGCAUGAGCAACUGAAUCCUAUGGACAGUAUUUCUGCUCCGAACAGUUCACAACAACUAGUGACUCCCAAUGUCAACGAACCAGCAAGUGAGGAUGACAGUAUUUCUGAUCCAUCACAAGUUGAGGAAGCCUAUUGUGAACGUGAGCAAGUGGACAGCGUAUCAGCUCCACAAUGUCCAGAGCAACUAGUGACUCCCACUAUUCAUGAACCAGCAAGUGAGUUUGUCCUGAUUUCCGAUCCAUCACUAGUUGCAGAUGGAUUCGUGGAACAUGAGCAUUCUUCAAUGAAUGAGAAUUCUACGGAAAGCAUUACUGCUCCACAAAGCUAUUUUCCAGAGCAACUAGUGACUCCCGCGGUCCCCGAACCAGCAAGUGAGGAUGACCAGACUUCCUAUCAUCAAUAA